UUCUCUUGCAUUUGACUUCACCAUUCUACCCUCCUUUUCCCAAUGCUCCUUCUCCCCCCUUACCCAAACUCACCAAUUCUUACGUUUUCUUAUUUCCAUGCACCUCUCCCCAUUUCCUUCGCCUUCUUCCUUCAUCCUAUCCCCCCCCCCAUGCACAAUGCUCAUUCUAUUGCUGCUUUAACUCCUCUCCACCUUCAUAUUUUAUCAUUCUUUAAUUCUAUUCCCUUGCUUUCUUUCUUGGGUUUUCCCCCUUUUCAUGCCUCCAACUCAGCUGCUUCUAGGGUUUCUCUUUUGCCUUUAUUUCUUUUGCUUCAUACUCUGAUUUUCUUUUUACUUUUUAGAUUAGCUGGGUCAUUGCCAUGAACAUUGUUUUUUCUGUUUCCAAUGUUGGAUUACUGAAUUUUACAUCUCCUUAUUCAGAAUCACAACUAUGACCUGCUGGGUUUUUCUUUUCUAUCUUCCACCCUACAUUUACUUUCCUUCUUCCAACCUCCAACCUCCAAUCCCCAACGUCCACACCAACAAAUUCCAACACUUGCCCGCUCCCUUUUUAAUUAAUUGUUGCAGGUAGAGAAUCUGUGAUACGUAUUUAGUGGCCAGGUACUAGUUAUGCCCCUGUUGAAAAGAAAGCCUUUUCAAUUGGCUGACUCCCCCAAAGAUUUGGAGAAUCAUGAGCUUGUGUAUCAAGUUCGGUUCACUAAAGAGAUUUUCCGCGAUUACAAUGAGUAUCUGGGUAGGAUAGAUCUAUAUCGUCGAAGAGUUUGGAUGUGUAAAUUCACUGGAAAAAGUAAUUUGACAUAUGAGGAGGCUCUGGUUUCCGAAAAAUGUGCUGCAGAGAAGGUUCAACAGUUCCCAAAAGAUCUUAUUGUCCCUGCUCUACAGAUUAUCCAAUAUAGCAUGUUGUCACUGAAAGAUCUUGCAAACACAGUUGCAGUGAAGUUACAGAAGUGUCUGUUUGUUGGUACUGAAUUGUAUGGAAGGAAAGAUGAUCAGAUUUAUCCAUGCAAAAUAUUCAAAGUACUUGAGAAUGGUGCUGACGAAGUACAAUAUGAGGUAGUUUGGCUUGACAAAAAUAAGAAAGUAACAGAAACUUCAUUACUCAACGCAGAGGAUUUAGUACAGAAAAAGCCUCCUUUGAGCAGAAGGUUUUUGAAGUCUUUCAUUCGGGAAUCUACAUAUCGCAGUGCUCCUUGGGUGCUUCAUGAUAAAUUGGCCCAAAAUCAUGGAAUUUCAACUGCACUUCCCCAAGAACUAAGAAGCAAGGCCUUUUUCCGUGAUGGGCUUUUAAUUUGCAACAAAAAGAGAAAAACAAAUGACAUGGAAACAAGUGAUCCCAAAAACUGUAAAAGGAAAAGCAUGGAGAGGGGGAAGAUGAAUGGCUCAAUUGCUGAAAACGGUGCAAAGAAAGGAGAAGGCGAUCUACUUGAUCAAGACAUCAAAUAUCCAAUUGACGAUCUUUUAGUGCAGCCUGGUCCAGAUGAUCCAGUUUUCUUGGAACGACCUUCUGCUUCAAGGGAAUUCAAUGUUCCAAUGAACUGCGUAGGAGAUCUUUUGAUGGUUUGGGAUUUUUGCUCAUCAUUCAGUAGGCUUUUGCACUUGUGGCCAUUUUCUCUUGACGAUUUUGAACGUGCUAUCUAUCACAAGGAAAGUACUGCACCUCUCCUCGUGGAAGCACAUUCAGCAUUUUUCCGUUUGCUCUUAAAAGAUGAAGGAGAAUAUUCCUCACUUGUUCAAGGAAAAAAGCGAAAGAUGAAGAUCACAUUAAUUAAUUGGACAGAGUACCUCUGUGACUUCCUAGAAAUGAUUGGGAAUGCUAAAUUAUGUGCCAACACAGCAACUAUUAAGCGAGGUCACUAUGGCCUUUUGGCUACUCAUGUCAAACUGGGAAUCUUGUGCGAGUUGGUUAAUCAUUCGCUGGAAUCAAAUAUAUUCAGGGAAAAGUUAGAUGAGAUUAUUGAACAGAGGCAGGCACUCGGAGCUACCAGGAGAGGGGAAGCCUUGGAAGAAGGCCGAAAGAAAAGAGAAGAGAAAGAACGCUUGAAAUCAGAGCCCAUGUCCAAUGGACAUGUAAAUGGGCAUCUUAUGGACAAAGAAAAGAGUGAAAUAGCCAAAACUGAUCAUGGUAGACGGAGUAAAGAUUCAUCAAAAAAUAGGAAUGGGGUGGUUAUAUCAUCCCAAAGUGGUCUUUCCCCUGUAAAAAGUGAGGAUGAUCAUCCUAUCGCUUAUUUGAAGAAAAUGGCAAAGAAGCGGAAUAGUGAUGUAACAGCUGCUUCUGCAAAUUCACCGAAGGAAGCAAAGAAUGAUAGGAUGGAAUUCAAUGAUAGGAAAACCAAAGAACAGAGGAGGGAAUAUUAUGAGCGGGAGUUGGAGAAACGAUCAAUAAAAACCAAUCCCUUGGGUAAAGACCGACAUCAUAACAGGUAUUGGUGGUUCCGUCGUGAUGGAAGAAUUUUUGUGGAGAGCUCAGACUCUAAGGAGUGGGGAUAUUAUAGUAGCAUGGAAGAGCUUGAUACAUUUAUGGGCUCACUGAAUUGCAAGGGAGAGAGAGAGAGAGCACUUAGCAAGCACCUCGAAAAAUUUUAUAGUAAAAUUUGCCUUGAACUCAACAAGAGAUCGAAGGAAUUAACUAACCAAAUUGCAGUGGAGGAGGCCGUGCUGCGACGAUCCACUCGCGUUCGUGCUCCUCCCAGGGAAAAUCCUGCUACUGCCUAUCUCAGAUAUGUUAACAGGUGGAAAGAGGAUUGACUUGAAGCUAGUUUGCGUCCAACAUGAUACAGUCGCAUCUAGUUUCCUAGUACAGAGCAUUUGUUAGGUGGGAAAUGGAGAAGUUUGUUUCGAUUUUGUUUUUCUUAUUUUGAUUUCCUCAAUUUAUCAUUGGUUGGUGGAGAUGCCAUAUAGCAUGGUAAGUGGGUGUGUGUGGGGGUGGGGGGAGAACUAGAAGGGAUGGAGCAAUUUUUUUCUGCAGCUCAUUCCAUUUAAAAGCUUAACCACAUGGUUUUUUUUUUUUUUUUUUCUUUGAGAGGGAGGGAUGGAGGGAUGGAGGGAUGGAGGGAUGGAGGGUUAAAAGAUGGCUCUAGGCAUUCUUUAUUUGUAGCAUAAACAGCUAACAAAUUACUAUAACAUGCAAAACAUAUUCUGUUUACUCCAUCUA